ACUUACCCUAUUUCGAGGGUAUGAGCAAGGAGCACUUCAGAGGGCAAGCAAACGUUGGAUUGAAGUGACUCGUUUACAAGUAGGCGACUCUUUAUAUGCUUUUGUAGUGUACCUGCCACUUUACGGCAUUCCAGGAUAACAACUAGCCUACCUUUGACCUACUGCCUGACGUGCUGCUAAUCGUUUAAACUGAUCACAGCGCGAUGGCUGUGCAACCAAAUCCAGAAAACAACCGGUUUGUCACAUGACUGUGCUCAUCAUGAGUUUGUUUCCGCGUCUGAAUGAAAGAGAGAGAGAGGGGCAUAUCUGAACUGUUGCGGUCCGCAAAACGCGCCGCCGAGCCAAGGUGAUAUUCCGGGCAAGGGGACCCCCACAUUACCAUCGCCCUGACACGCUGCGGCAAGAACAUGCUCACACGGAUGAAAUCAGCUGUGGCCAAUUUUAUGGGAGGUAUGAUGGCUGGCAGUUCAAACGUUGACCAUUUCGGUGGCCCCGAUUUACCGCUGAAAUAUCCGUACACAAGACCGGAGUUUCUGGGACUGUCACCGGAUGAAAUCGAGUGCUCGGCGGAUCAUAUUUCUCGGCCGAUCCUCAUUCUGAAAGAUACGAAGAGGCUGCCAUGGGCCACUGGUUAUGCAGAGGUGAUCAAUGCUGGGAAGAGCCUUCUGAACGAGGACCAGGCAUGCUGUGAGGUGGUGCUGGUGAGGAGGAGACUCAGUGCUGGGGGAAACUCCACCCCCAACAUGACCCCCACCACACGGAGGAGGUCCUCCCUGCCCAAUGGAGAGGGACUGGGGAUCAGGGAGGACUCUGAUGCAGUGCCCGGACUGAUCUUCCACUACUGGGGGCUGUUUGACGGCCAUGCGGGCUCAGGGGCGGCGGUGGUGGCGUCUAAGCUGCUCCAGCACCACAUCGUAGAACACCUCCGAGAGGUCCUGGAUGUCCUGAGGAACACGGCCCAGCUGGUCCCCAUCAUCCACGGGGAAGAGCCCACCAACCUCACCCCCACCACCCACAGGGGCAUCACCAGGACCGCCUCACUACGGGGGGCCGCAGGGGCACCCGGCUCCCCCAGUCACCCCCCUCCCACCAGGUUCUUCACAGAGAAGAAGGUCCGUCAUGAGAGCCUGGUGAUGGGAGCCAUCGAGAAUGCCUUCAAAGAGAUGGAUGCCCAGAUUGAGAGAGACAAGGCUGUGUUUAACGUCUCAGGAGGCUGUACUGCUCUGUGUGCGCUCUUUUUACUCGGAAAGCUCUACGUUGGAAAUGCCGGGGACAGCAGAGCAAUCAUUAUCCGAGGUGGAGAGGUUAUCCCCAUGUCUACAGAGUUCACACCCGAGUCAGAGCGGCAGCGCUUGCAGUUCCUGGCCUACAUGCAGCCACACCUGUUAGGGGGAGAGUUUACACAUCUGGAGUUCCCCAGACGAGUACAGAGGAAGGAGGUGGGGAAGAGGAUGCUCUAUAGGGACUUCACUAUGUCUGGCUGGGCAUAUAAAACCAUUGAGGACGACGACCUGAAGUUUCCCCUAAUCUAUGGCGAAGGGAAGAAGGCACGUGUGUUGGCUACCAUCGGGGUCACCAGGGGCCUGGGAGACCACGAGCUCAAAGUGCAUGACUCCAACAUCUACAUCAAGCCCUUUUUGUCCUGCUGCCCAGAGGUCAAAGUUUACCCUCUGACUCAAUACGAACACGGGGCGGAUGACGUCCUGGUGAUGGGGACAGACGGGCUGUGGGACGUUCUCUCCAACCAGGAGGUUACCGAGGCAGUCACCUGCUUCCUGGCCAACUGUGACCCUGAUGACCAGCAUAGGUACACGAUGGCAGCUCAGGACCUGGUCAUGAGGGCGCGGGGGGUUCUGAAGGACCGAGGCUGGAGGAUAGCCAACGACCGGCUGGGCUCUGGAGAUGACAUCUCUGUCUACAUCAUCUGUCUGAUGUACGGCAACCGGCAGACCUAGCCCAGGCCCAGCUUGCCAGCACCCACCAUGGGACUCAAGACAUAGAUUGUGUCUGAAAUGGCACCCUAUUCCCUAUGUAGUGCACUGCACUACUUUUAGCCAAGUCCAUAAAAAGUAGUGCACUGUAUAGGAUGCAAUUUUAGGCACUCGCCCAAGUGGCAGACCUAGCUGAGGCCCAGCUAACCACCCACCAUGGGACUCUAGACAGGCUGCUCCCCCUCUCCCAUCUAUCCUAACCCCCCUUUCCUUAAAUCAAUGCCCUGGUGCUCACACCGUGCUUAAUCCUGGAUUGUUUUCCUGGGGAAGCAAAAUGGCACCUGGUUGUAUUACAGUACAGGGUAGCAUGAUUGUGCUUCUCUCUUGUGAAAGGAAAUUCUCAGGAUGUUACAAUAUACAGUACCUUCAGUUUCUUCUUUUGUUUCUGUGCUGCAAAUGAAAAAUUGACAAUUCUGUAGUCAGAGGCAUAUGAGGCCCAGGUAUUUGAAACUAUUCAGUAGGCUAUGGUUUCUGCAUAGCCAAAUAUUUUCUGUUACAAUGGAAGGCUAUAGCUUUCACAAAGGUGAUCCUACUAUUUUGGAUAUCGCAUGGGACAAUUUUAAAUGAAGGGCAAAGGGACCGUCUUUCGAAGUGCAAUGCUUUAUGGUGUUGGUUUUUAGCCUAUUUAGAUAUUGUUAAUAUAUUACUGAUUAUGAACAUGUAAAUAAGCUUAAACAUUAAUGGAUUUUAGAAGUGGAUUUCAGUUAUAUACCCUGUUUGAGUUGUGUGUACAGUAUACGUUAUGGAACCUGUUUUUGUUCCUAUGAUGUUCUGUGUGUCUUUUCUGACUAAGGUCAACCAUCCAUAAAUCACUGACCUAGACUAGGGGUGUCAAACAUACAAUCUGGCCUGACGGUGGUUUUAGUAAAAAUCUGUUUUAUGUUUAGAAAUGAUAAUGGAUCUACAUUUUAUACAGUUUCUUGACUGUGUUCAACUUGCUAAUAAUCACCUAAAUGAAAGCGAGACAGUCAGGGAGCAUCAAAUUCCAAAAACGAUGGAUAGAGGAAAAAAAAUUUAACCACAUUUUGACAGCUAGGAAAUAAAAAAAAAAUAUAUGACUAGCAAAAUGACUGACUCUUCUGACCUAGACUGUACAAUCCUACCACAAGCAUACUAUAGCUGUCAGAACCAUGGUUUGUGUGUUUCUCUCCAAGUGUAAAAUGAAUGAAAUCAGACUGGUGUUAUUGCCAGUGACUGUUUCUCACAUUGUUUACCUUUUCUCCAUUUUGAUGGGUUUGUAUUUUCUUUGUCAUUGCUGUACUCCUGAAUCUGAAUUUACUUAGAGGUUAUGAAGGGACACAUCUUCCCACUCGAUUAGGUCUGCAAACGGCAUGUAUAUUACUGGAAACGUUCUACGUUUUUUGGUAUCUUUCAAUGAUUUUAUCCUAUCCAUCACAAGACAUUUAGUGGCCAUUUUGGGUAUAUUCGAUUAUCACAGGGGUCUGUAAUAAUCUCUGGCCCUCUGUGUGGCUUUAUCACAUGUACAAUAUAUGAAAUAAUUGAAUAAGAUGAUGAAGUAUAGAAUGAGAGCUGUAAAACAUUAUCCUAAAUAUACAUUUAGAGAAUACCAUUGGUGUUUAAUGAGGGUUUCAGCAUUAAAUAUCUUUAUUUUUAUAAAAUAUUUUACAAAUGUUUAUUUAUAUUACUAUGUAUUUAUUGACUUCCAACUGGUGUCAGUUGUGGGGAAAAAGUAAGUUGGAAGAGUUGAGGGAUAAUCAUGAAGGGCUAUGCGUUCUAUGCAAAAUAAUGAACAACGUGGAAGGUGUGUUCCAAGACGCGAUAGUGGAGUAAACUGAAUUUCCACGGAGUUGGAUUAUUUCCCAGAGAAUGCAUAUAGCCCCGAGUUGAUUAUCCAUUUUAUACCAUAGCUAUAUUUUAACACAUUUGCCAGAAAUGUGUUAAUUUGUUGGUAGAAAUGUGUUCAAGUUGCCGUGAUAACCAAACAGACUUGCUGGUUUAGCUAACCAAACCAUCAGUCCUAGCUUGCUAUUAUGAAAAUUGAAUUCAGCAAUGCCAAUAAUGUUUUCAAUUCGACUUUUGCUUUCAAAAGCAGCUCAAACAAAACAUGUAAGAGUGAACUAUAGCCAUUUAAUUUUAGUUUUGAGAUACCGUGCCUUUAUAGGGAAAUGAUGCAUGCUCUAGAAUGCCAAUCAGAAACAAGUUUUCAACAAUGCUAUGGUAUAGUUAUGCAAUAAGGCCCGAGGGGAUGUGGUAUAUGGCCAAUAUACCACAGCUAAGGGCUGUUCUUAUGCACAACGCAGCACAGAGUGUCUGGAUACAGCCCUUAGCCAUGGUAUUUUGGCCAUAUACUGUACCACGAAGCCUUAUUGCUAUUAUAAGUUGGUUACCAAAGUAAUUAGAAGAGUAAAAUAAAUAUUUUAUCAGUCCCGUGGUAUACUGUCUGAUAUACCACAGCUUUCAGCCAGUCAGCAUUCAGGGCUCAACCGCCCAGUUUAUAAUUGAAAAAAAUUAUGUUGUUGAUUAGAUGCUUUUUUAAAUUAAUUAGGGUAUUUUCUCUUAGAUCUUAUGCUUCAUCUACUAGAAAUCCAUGGACAAUAUGGACACAAAUCAAAUAAAUUAAUACUAUGAUAUAUAUAUAUUUUUUUACAGUUCUAGUAUCAAUUACCAAAGUUAUGAUAGAUUGUGAAAGAUUUUCUGUGAAUUAUCCAAAUUACUGAAGAUUGUGGUAACUUUGGUAAAUUACUGGUAGCUUUGCAACCCUACAUUUGAUACAUAAUAGUGAAACAUCUACCUCAUGCUUUUGGUUUGUUUUAAACAAGAGAUCCAAUCCAUUGUCUUUGUUUCACCUGUGCAUUUUUUCUAUAUGUCAAAUACAUGUCUGCAUCAUCCUGUGUUGCGUGCUUGUUUACUUUCGAAAUAUGAAACUGCAUAGGUACAGUGCAUGUGCCAUUCUUUACUUAAAUAAUGUCAUGUCACUCGUUUUCAUACUAGUAUGGCUUAGUCUAGCUCUGUUCAACAUUGUAUAAGGGCAGGGAUGGGCAACUUAUCAUGAGGGGCAAUAUUGCGCUCGCAUACACACAAAACAUUUUAGUGCCCCCCCCCCCCCCCCCCCCCCGAGAGCGGAGAUUUAAAAAAUUAAAUAAUUAAGAGUUCAUUUUGAGGAUCUACACGUUUUGCUAUGGGGUGUAGAGAAAAUGUUGCAGUUCUAAAGCAAGUUUGCUGCAAUUCUACACAGUUUGCGGUUUUUAAUAUGACUGAUUUAACAAAGUACAUCGGGGCCCACUGAUGGUAAUUCGACCAUAAUACGUUUAUAUAGUUUAGGAGUCAGCUAACUUAGCAAUCAAAAAUUAUUUAGCUGUCAUUGGCUAAUUUACUGACUCUGACUGACAUAAGAUAAAAACUGUUGAUGCACAACCAAAUGUCUUAAAUUGCACCAUGUGUAUUUUACUAUUUUAACUCUCAACAGUAAGUUGAGACCCCGACUGGGUUCCCCAAUCCCCCCCCCCCCCCCCCCCCCAAAAAUGAAAUGUGAUCAAAGGGCAUUCAAAAGGAGGGUUGCUAGUUGCCCAUCCCUGUAGUAGGGGAAACUCCCCUAUCUGUUAUGUAUUACAUGAAUAUGACAUAAGUAUAAAUGGUUUACUGAAUGUUGUGAGGGCAGAAUAUUUACUUGAGACAUGGUUGUGUAAUUUUAUCUUGAAACAAAUGCUUGAUUUAAUCAAAAGUUCAAGUUACAACAAGUGUGUAUCUCUCAAAUUAACAUUCAGACCAGAGGUACAUCAGAUACAUGUAUUAGGAAGUUUUUGGGAGAAACACAAAAGAUGCAUUGGGAUGUUGGAAUGAAACUCAACCCUCUGUGUUUUUUGUCAUUUUGAAAUGAUGUUUACUUGUAGUUCACUGUUCCUAUGUCACACAACUCAGGGAGCUAUGUGACUGAUUCUCAUGCCGGAUGUUGAAUAGAAUGCUUUCUCUGUACAGAGUGUAUUUUAUCCUGUAUCCUUGUGUUAUUAUGCAGUCUGGUAUUUAGACAUUGCUGAACGAUACUCUGCAAACUAACCAUUUAUGGCAUUGACCUGAAUCAAUUUCUGUUCAGAUACAGUAUGAAGGAUCUACAGUGUCUUGGGUUCCCACCUGUUUCCCCUUUUAUGGAUCAGAGGAUCUAUAAAAAAGCAUCUAUUUAAAUACUUGAUGCACUUCAGUCAAUGUAGUAUGUAUAUUCUUUAUUCAAUACAGUGGGCUGACAAUGUCUCCUGGAUGACCAGUCAGGAGCUACAUUAAUAGGCAUUCCACCUCACGUAGGACCUCUACUGAUGACGCUGAUGCUCUAAAGAUAAACCCAUACAGUCACUAAUGACGUCAGAACUUGGGACUUGCAAGAUGUGUCUGUGGCGUUUUAAGUGGAUUCGUAUCUGAGUUGUUUAAAAACGUUUUUAGGGAGGUGUUGACGUCUACAACCGCACGGUUUCUAAUCCAGACAAAUCAGUCUCCAGUCGUGCAUAUUCCAUGUUAACUCUUAUCACUGUUCCUUUUACUUUUGUGUUAGUAUGUUUCUUUUCAAGCUGUUUCAAAGUGUUUCUGUUUUGAUCACACAAACUUUGCUCAACUGCUCUAUGACUGACUCGCUCAAAACAAUGCAGAAAGAGACUCAAGCAGAAAGUAAAAAAAUAAUUGUAAAUACAGUACAAUGUAAAAAGACAGUCGGAAACAAGUCUAUCCUUUGUAAUACUGUGUUGGACAUUUUUUGUGACUCCAAAAAACACUAAAUGAAGUAAUCGGGAAUUCGUAAUGUCUUCAAAACGUAUGUGCAGUCUAAAAAAUUAAGGAUUGCUUUUACAAUUUAUAAAAAUUGCUGUGUGAGCUAUCAUUCCAAA